AUGUCAAAACCAACCAUCGUCAUCGUUCCCGGCUCCUUCACCUCCCCUUCAGCCUAUGACACCCUUUCUUCUAUCCUAAACCAACAAUACGGCUACGAAGUCAUCGUCGGCACUCUACAAUCUACCAGCCGCGUACCUCCAGAAAAGCCUGCUACAAUGCAAGAAGACGCCGCCUACUUCCGCGGAAUCAUCGAAUCGCUCUCAAACCAAGGCAAAGAUGUUGUCGUUGUUGGUCAUUCCUAUGGCGGCAUUGUAGCCACCGAAAGUGUGAAGAAGGUCACAAAGCCCGAACGUCAGGUGCAGGGGAUGAGUGCUGGUGGUGUUGUCCGAGUUAUUUAUGUAGCUUCUCUUGUUGCUCAGAUUGGAGAGACGGCUAUUCAGGUGAUAGGAGGGCAAUUGGGUCAGGCUAUUAAUAUUCUGGGUGAUUACAUGUAUUUCGAUACAGAAGCCGGUGCCCUCUACCUUUAUGACGGCCUACUCUCGGACGAGGCCCUGGAAGCUGCUGGGAAAUACACCACGGUCCAUUCCACGGCAAGCUUCCUUGAUCCGUCAACAAACCUUGCUGUCGACCAUGUCCCCGUGACAUACAUACACACUGAGAAGGAUAUUAUCGUUCCCUUGCAAAGACAACAGGAGAUUGUGGAGACCCUCAAGUCGAGGAAUGCCAAAGAGGUCUCUACAAUUACCAUCAAUGAAGGCCAUAUGCCGCAGAAGUUGGCUCCUGAGGUAAUUGCAAAGGCAAUAGUGGAGAGCAUCACCCAGGAGUGA